GUCACACCAAACAGCUGUUCCAUUUGCGUCGUUUAAUUUGUUUUUUUUACAACAAAUUUCAUCCGAAUCUUCCAUAUAGGGGAUCCGAAAAUGGAGUCGCCCACCUCGCACCUGGUGGCCAAAGAUUUCCAGGUGACGGGCGUUUCGCGCAGUGGACGCGUACGCAAAAAGUCGUCGAAACUGUUGGAUUUUGAAUCGCCGGAGGAGAUCGAGAAGCGAACUAGGCGCCAAAGUGGCGGAAGGCAAACAUCUCGCUAUUCCGGACGUGGCAGGCCAUCGAAUGCCCUGCGGGAUGUGGAUAUCGACCAGGAGAUGCUCGUGGAUGAACCCAUCAUCUCUGAUGGCGAGGAUUUCACCGCGGAGCCAUCGACUACCGUGGCCAUCCUGAACUCGGACGAUGAACUGGACAACCUAGUGCAGGAUCUCGUCGAUGGCGUCCAGGCGGAGGCCACCAACCAGGCGUCGCCCGUCCGCCAAAGUCUCUACAUGCGCGAGAAGGCCAACAAGCGGAAGAUCCUCAAGGAUGGCAAGGUGGUGACUGCCAAGGUGCAGCGCAAGGACAAGGGCAAGCAGCGCUACACCGCCUACAGCCUGUGGGCCCGAGAGGCGCGUAAGAAGGAUCUCCAGGAUCUGGACUUUACCAGCGCCACCAGACGCCUCAGCGAGAUGUGGGCGAAUGUGUCCAAUCGGGACAAGAACGCCUGGCGGCGCAAGGCCAAGAUCCAGGCAUCCAGGGCUAGAUCGCGCGACAGGACCGGUCUGAACGGCACACCCCAGGCAACUAGUAAUGGCAGCACAGUUCUGGCAGAGCCCACACCGCACGAGACGAGCUUCCAGAAUCGGGCGACUACGAGUCGCACUCGCAAAUUGGCCGCCGAUCGGCAGCAAUCCUCCCUAGAUGCGGCUGCGGCGGCAGCAGCGGCAAGUACUUCAACGCAGAGACGCAGCAUUAGCACACGCAGUGCCAGGUCGCAAGCCUCAACAAGUGGGGCGAAACAGCAGUCGCUCACGGAUGCGGAUGUGGGCAGCCGGACUGGAGGUCACCAGAAACUUGAGGAGUCCCAAAAAUCGAGUAUCGAGGUGAUCGAUGCGGCAGCACACCUGAAACUCCUGGGCGAGAGCCUCACAGUGAUUGGCGAGCGUCUGAAGAAGCACAAUGGAUACGUAGCACUCUCGGGAAGUUUGUCCGUGCUCCUCGACAGCUUGCUCUGCGCCAUGGGACCGCUGCUCUGCAUGACCACACAGAUUCCGGGACUGGAGAACAAGGUUGAGCUAAGCAAAAACCUAGCCGACACGCUGGAUAAUAUCGCCUACGUAAUGCCGGGUCUUUAAGGGGAAUUUCGGGAUAUCAUAGCAACCAUACAAUGUAAAUCUUAACCAGGCAGCUGAGCUUCCAAUAGGGGGCUAAAAUCGCCAUUGGCUCUAUUAUGUUAAUUAAGAAUUAGCCGUCAAGCAAAAAACUUUAAUUUACACAUAAAAUAUCCUUAGCUAUAAUCAGAAGCAUCUCGAUCUUUAUUAAGUAAACUAUCUAUGCCCUGUA